UCCUCCCGUCCUGGUCCCCGGUGUUAGGGGGUUUUGGGGAGGGGGGAGGCGCCGGGGCGGAUUUGGCGUUUCCUUUAUUCUUCUCCGAAAGUCUUGCUGCGCGGGUGGGAGUGGUCUUCAGGGGCCCCUUCCAGCCUCGGCUGUGCUGUAACGCGCUGUGCGAAGGGAAACAAGUGUGGACAUGUUCUGCCCUCUCAAGCGCGGGGGGUAGGGGCCUGGCGGCCCCCCGGCUUGCGCAGGGGGUUACUGCCUGGCCUCACGUACAGCGCCUCGGGUUAAGUCUGUGCUUUAUCUCUUUCUAAUUGCACCGGUGGUGCUGGGUCAGCCUCGGGAUUUGUUUGAAUUAAGCACAGCUUAGCAGAUUUGGGGGUGUAUAAAAACGCAGAAAUAUUUAUAGAAAUUAAAGCAGUGUUGUCCUCAAUAUGCUACUUCUGUUUUUCCAUAUAACAAAAUGAAAAAGAAAUAGGUUUAAUUUAACGGUUUAGAUUUUUUUUUAAUCACUCAUUUUAGCUUCCAGAUACUUGAAAGCUUUCCAGAGACCUUAUCAGGAGUGAUUUGAUUAUUUAAGCGACUGAAAUGUUUUUCUUUAUUAACCCUUCCCAUCUUGCAUGCAGGCCAUGUACGUUUUGGCUGUGGUGUUUUUAACAUUAGGACACAUCCAUUCCUUCUUGUACCCUUGUUCUUAGCACAUCACAGCUCUUAGGUGUAUAUGGCCUGUGCAUACAAUUGCAGGGAGAUGGGGCUCUGGAUUGUUGGGGUCUUUUGUUGUUGUUUUUUUUAAUUAUUAUAAUUGUUUUACAGUCAAACUUGUUUGGACAGUCCCAAAGCCAAUUUAUUAUCAGUUUGGCCAUGAGCUUUGUUCUACAGACAGGGCAAACAUAAAAUCAAGCCCUGAAGAGGACAGUGUAUGUGGUACCAGGUGAAGGAAAAAGUUUUUGGAAACUUCUCUUUUACAGAUGGUUGCUAUUAGCUGCACUCUUAUCCUCUCAAAGCAACACAUUUCACUGGCAUUGUUCUUAUCAUUAAAACUACAGGAGGAGUAGGAAAUCAGCACCACCAUCUGGUGGGGACCAGCAGAUUUGAUAUAUGCCCUACACAUGGUGAUGGUGUACCACAGACAGCUCAGUCGUCUUAUUGUUAGGAGUGAACUGGGAUUGCAUGCACCACAAUAAGUUUUUAACAUCAGAAAUCUUGGGAGGCUUCUUUGGAAGCUAACUUCUGUGGGAAGAAUGGCAUCAUCUUCAUCACAAAUUUGCGCGUUGCUGCUGGCUUUAGCAGGAUUCACCAUAGUGCUUGUUACUACCAUGUCCAACAGAUGGACAGUUUCCAGCAUCAGAACCACGUUAGUUCCUUCGGACUGGAUUUCGGAAGGUCUCUGGAUGGAGUGUGUGGUUGCCACUUUGGGAACAGUGCAAUGCAAGAAAUUUUUCUACUUGUUGAGUUCAGACAUGCAUAUUCAGGCAUGCCGUGCCCUGAUGAUAAUUUCCAUCCUUUUGGGAUUCAUAGCUGCAGUGCUCUCGCUGAUUGGUUUAAAGUGCAUACAUAUUGGAUUGAGUAAUGAAGACAGAAAAGUGAAGUUUGCUGUCACAGGAGGAUUUAUCUUUAUUUUAGGAGGUCUCUGUUCCAUGGUGGCUGUUUCUUGGUAUGCUGCAAUGGUUAUGGCUCAGUUCUUUGACCCGUUGUAUGCUGGAACCAAGUAUGAACUAGGAGAUGCUUUGUACUUAGGCUGGGCUGGAUCUGUUCUUUAUAUGCUUGGUGGGAUCUUCCUGACCUGUUCAUGCAAAGGGAAGAAAAGAGAGAAACACAGUGGCAGCAAAUAUGGCUAUUCCAUGGGCCAGGCAAUUCCUCAGCAGCACAUUUACACUAAAAACUCUGAGGCAGUCACAAGCACCAAGGAGUACGUCUAACCUUACCUUUUUUUUUGCAUUACUUGCAAUGUUAGUGGUUUAUGAACUCAAGUAAGAAAGUGACCUGGUUCCAAGCUGCAAGCUUUCAUCUUAAUUUGGAGGUGAUACACAUUUUAAUACCUCCUUCUGGGAAUGGGUUUAAAAUGGAAAUAGGCUUCUACAGAAAAUGCUGUGCUGUGAAAUCCUGUGGCAUGAAGAUUUUUUUUUUUCUGCAUGCUAAGAAGCCUGGUAAAAUUCAACUACAGUGUCUGGUAUAUCCUGACAAAUCAAGAGCAAUGGUUUUAUAUUUCGGGUGACUCAGAAGCAUGGAACUGAUAUGAUGUAGCUGACUGCAAGUUAAUAGAGCUCACUGUUAGCAAUGAUAUAUUGUAUUUUCAUUAAUAGUUCACUUCCCAUUUUUGUUUAGCUGCUUCAGCUUUUGAUAGUAAAUAAGCCGUAUUCCACUGACUGACUGAAAUAGGUUUUUUUUGGUGAGUGGUAUCAUGGCCUUUGAUAAGGAUAUAGUAAAUAUACUCUGUGCUUGAAGGCUCAUGUUAUACUGAAAUUGUUAUGUAUGCUAGUCAAGAUGAUUUAUAAAAACUUAAAAAAAAAAAAAAAAAAAAUCCCUGAGAAACCACCACUCACCUCCAAACCUGCAGAACUGCAACAAAUUCCAUGUUGGAGGGAAUGAAGAUACCAAAGAUAAAUGGUAUAGAAGGUCCCAAACACAACUGGAAGUGGAGAAAGCCUCUGAUGAGCGUGCACCUUCAGAUAACUAGAAGAUAGCCCCAUUUUAAAAUUUUUAUUUCUGUAUUUUGAAAUUUAAAAAUAAUUCUACUUUGAUCAGUCUUUAACUUUGGAAGCUUCUGUUGCCCAUGAAUCAUCUAAUUCACGUAGCUGCGCGACGGCUCUGUUCCCCAGCGUUGCGCGGGCGUUCGGACGCGUGUCUGAGGCCGCCCUGCUGCUGGGGCCGGGUGUUGUGCACUGCGCCAGCCCUGCGACACCGAGGGUGAGCUGACGUCCCCGAACGCUCACGCUCCGAGCAGCGUGGAACGGGAUUUUACGCUGCACACGCGCAGCUUUCACGACUUGUCGCUUUUAAAUCACAAAUGUAUUAAAACAGUUCAACGAAA